AAGAAUACGAAAUAGAAACCAAUAUAUAGAGGCCAGACCGUAGAAAGUAGGCAGUUUGUUAUUCCUCAAAUCUUACUAAAAACUCUUUAUUAUUUCAAUUUACGUAUAUUACCUUUUUACCAAUAUAUUAGCAAUAAAAUUUUAUUAUAAAAGCAAAAAUAGCCGAUUUAAUGUGCAUCCCAAAUGCAGAGAAAUUUUGUAAUAAUCAUUGUUAUUUCGUUUUUCUGAACCGCAAGCUCUUUAGGAAAAAAUGGACGAAGUAAGAUACCUAAAAAGAAAAAUAAGAUCUGGAAAUCUUGAUGUACAUCCAACUGAAAAAGCUUUAGUUGUAAACUAUGAUGUUGAAGCUUUGAUUUUAGGUGAACUUGGAGACCCAAUGUUAGGAGAUCGUAAGGAGUGUCAAAAAAUUAUCAGAUUAAAAAGCCUUAAUGCUGAUACAAAUGUGACUCUACUUGCUAGAGAAAUUAUAGAUAAAUGUUCUCUCAUCCAUGAAUCGAAACUACACGAAGUUGAACAAUUAAUUUAUUAUCUACAAAAUCGUAAAAGCAGUGGUGGUGAUUUUGAAAAUGCUGGCCAACCUCCAAGACCAAUGUCAUCAACUUCGCUUAAUGUGGAUAGUGGAGAUAUAGAACGUGCUAUUAUAAGUAAUAUUGAUGAUUACAUUGAAUUACUUUAUGAAGAUAUAUCAGAUAAAAUAAAAGGUUCUUCUUCAAUUUUAAAAUUAACAAGAAUACCAGAUAAUUUACAAGAAUUAAGUAAAAAUGAAACUCUACUAAGUGUUUUAGCACGAGUCUUAAGAGAAGACUGGAAGAAAAGCAUUGAACUUUCUAUAAAUAUAAUUUACAUAUUUUUUUGCUUUGCUACAUAUAGUCAAUUUCACAAUAUCGUUGUUGAUUACAGGAUUGGCUCUCUUUGCAUGGACAUCAUAGAUUAUGAGUUAAUUCGAUUUGAUCAAUGGAAAGAUGAUUUGGAAAAGCGAAGAAGGUAUUUUGAAAAUAAUACUGGAAUGUGUUUACUCCCUACUAUGAGCACGGAAAACAGUGACAAAAAAACAAAAUUAAUGGAUAAUUUGUGGAAUUCUAAUAGUUCAUUAGAUCUUCAAAUAAAUAGACAACCUAUUGAUGGAGCUUUCACUGUAGGGAAAGAUGAUAUUGAUAAAUUGAAGGAUGAUCUUGAAAAACAUCAUAAAAAGUUUAAAUGUUUAAUGGAAAAACAAGAACAGUUAUUAAAAGUUUGCUUUUAUUUAUUGCUAAAUAUUGCAGAGAAUAAAGAAGUAGAGAAAAAAAUGAGGAAAAAAAACGUAAUUGGAAUGCUUUUAAAGACUUUAGACAGAACAAACACUGAUCUCCUAAUUUUAGUUGUAACUUUUUUAAAAAAACUAUCAAUCUAUAGAGAAAAUAAAGAUGUUAUGGCUGAAGGAAACAUCAUUGAAAAAUUACCAAAGUUGCUUCACAUCACUAACUCAGAUCUGGUCUCUAUGACUUUAAGACUUUUGUUUAAUUUAUCAUUUGAUACAAAACUAAGAGGAAAGAUGAUAAGAGUAGGUCUAUUACCCAAGCUAGUUAAAUUAUUAAUACAAGAUGAUGUAAAUCGAUCGACUAUUCUCGGAAUAUUGUAUCAUGCUAGUAUAGAUGAUAAAGUCAAAAUGAUGUUUAUAAAUACUGAAUGUAUUUCACUAGUUACAAACAUGCUUUUAGAGUCAGAUGAUGAACAAAUUUUUCCUGAAUUAGUUGCAUUAUGUAUUAACCUUGCUACAAAUAAUAAGAAUGCUGAGUUAAUGAUUGAAAAUAAUAGAUUAAAAAGUUUAAUUAAAAAAGCGUUUAAAAAUCAAAAUGCAUUAUUAAUGAAAAUAGUUAGAAAUAUUUCACAGAAUGAGUCUACAAAAGAACAUUUUAUUGAAUUUGUUGGUGAUUUUGCAAUGGCUCUAACUCAAUCUAACUGCCAAGAUUUUGUGUUAGAAAUUAUUGGAGUAAUGGGAAAUUUAGCAUUAACUGAUUUAGACUAUUCACAAAUUCUUCAACGAUGUAAUCUGAUUCCUUGGAUACGUAAUUCUCUUAUUCCAGGCAAAGCUCAAGAUGAUUUAGUACUUGAAGUAGUAAUAUUCUUAGGAACAGCUGCUGCUUCUGACGAAGACAGUGCACAAGUGAUGUGCAAAGCAGACAUACUCUUAUCCUUAAUCGAGUUACUAAAAGCGAAACAAGAAGAUGAUGAAAUUGUUUUACAAAUAAUAUAUGUUUUCUACCAAAUAUCUAAACAUGAUUCAACGAGGGAGUAUUUAAUUCGAGAAACUGGAAAUGAGGCACCAGGUUAUUUAAUUGAUUUGAUGCAUGACAAAAAUCCAGCCAUACGAAAAAUCUGUGAUGCUUGUUUAGAUGUGAUUGCACUUUGUGAUAAAGAUUGGGCAGCAAGAAUAAAAGUUGAAAAAUUCAGAUCUCAUAACCAACAAUGGUUAGACAUGGUUGAGUCAAUAAAUGGUGACAUCUCAGCUACUAGUUUUUCUGCUCCAGACGAAGAUGAUAAUUUUACACCAUUUGCAAGUAGAGAUCUUUUAAAACACACAAUGUUAUUUCCUUCAGGAAAUAAUACAAGAUUCAAUAUUGAUGAUGGAGAUUUAGUAACUAAAACUUUGUCUGAUUCUUCAGAAAAUCUUAGCCGUCCAAAUAGUCGGUAUAGUAGAGAUCUAAAUGAAAUUUGUGAAAUGGUAACAACUUCAAAAUCUCAAUUAUCCAUGAGUUCAGGAUAGAAGAUUUGUAUCACAGUC